ACAAUAAUUUCAGAUGGAUAUACAAGGAAUGUGGGAUUUAUUUGAUAAUCCAUCGGAUGACGAUGAUGAUAUUAUCGAGCAUCAACCUGAAGGCGAGCAUCAUCCUAAAAUCCCAAAUUUCUUUGAAACUGUUGUAUUAACAUAUUCUUUAACAGAGAUUUCAAGUCACACUUUCGACUAGAAAAGCAUACGUAUGAAAGAUUGGUGCAAGACUUUGGACCUCGUUUAUACCACGAAUAUGGUGCUCCAAAAAUGCCCCCUCAUAAACAAAUAGCUCUAACAUUAUGGUGCCUUGGUAAUCAGGAAGUUUACAGAUCAGUAGCAGAUAGGUUUGGUAUAUCUAAAGAUACCGUCUGGAAAACUAUAUUUGAAGUUAUGAUGCUACUCACUACAGAUGUUGAGAGGUAUAUAAAAUGGCCUGAACCACAUGCAAUGAUAAACUUUGAACGAGAAUUUCAUCAAUUAAGUGGUUUCCCUGGGGUAAUUGGAGCAAUUGAUGGCUCCCAUAUUGCUAUAAGUGCACCAAUUGAAAAUGCGGAUAGCUACAUUAACCGUAAAGGCUAUCACUCAAUAGUAUUACAAGGCAUUUGUGACUAUAAGUUAAAAUUUAUUGAUGUUUUUACGGGUCUAUGUGGGUGUGUUCAUGAUGCCAGAGUUUGGCGUUUAAGUCAUAUUAAGCAGUUAAUAACAAAUGACGAGAAUAGAUAUUUCCAAAAUCAAUAUCAUCUGUUAGGUGAUUCAGCAUAUCCCUUAUCAAAAUACUUGUUAACACCAUAUCGAGAUAAUGGUCACUUAAACAAUGGACAGAGAAAUUUUAACAUUAAACACUCAAGAACUCGUGUAGCUAUUGAGCGUGCGUUUGGUAUUCUAAAAGGAAGAUUUAGAAAAUUAAAAUAUAUUUACAUGUAUAAUACGGAAAUGAUCCCCUUGGUAAUUCUUACUUGUUGUAUGUUACAUAACAUAUGUACAUAUAGAAAAUGAGGAUGCACCAUUAGAAAAUGAAAAUGAACCAAUGGAUUUAAAUCCAAUAGAAAUGCAAGUUAUUAAUGAAAAUGUGUUUAUAAACGGAGCAGAGAAAAGAGAAAUUAUUUCUCAUUUAUUGUAAAUUAUU